AUGAGCGGAUCCCUUAUUCCGCCCGCAAAGCUUAGCGUACGGGACCGACUACGGCAACGCUUCGGGCCUAGAAGCCGCAACUCGUCACCCACCCCAGCAUCGGUCUCAAGCCAGGCGUUGACAUCAUCAGUAGUACAGCCACCAAGUUUACCAUCGACACAGACUUUGGCAUCGUCAAGGCCCCCAUCUGCUAAACUGCUUGCCGCUAACACACCAAACGCCAGCGUUGUUUCCUCAUCAUCGCAGCUGGCAAUUACUCAUCCCUCCUCCAGCAACAACAUCUUGGACAAUGCCCUCAAGCGACUUUCGGAUACCGAACGAUCAACCCUUCGAAAAUAUGUCGCUCUGACUUCCAACGACAUUGACUUUGCGCUUCGGCAAUCUUUGGCUGCGGUUGAGGAGAAACAACGAUACUGCAACGAGAAGAGAUGGAUCUUUACAUUUGCUGGGCGGAAAGUCACUUUGAAAGAGGAGGCUGACAAGGUGAUACGCUGGCUAAACCGAGUCAAAGCCGUGGGCGAUGUCGCCGUCAAUGCAGACCCCAUACAUGCUGGCUUGCCGUGGGCUGGUAUUCGCUUACUGCUCGAGGCCGCCGUCUCUGACGAGAACCAAAUGACUUCGCUCCUCGUUGGGUGCGAAGCCGCUCUGUACAUGACGAACCGACUGAAGGCGUAUAUGGAGUUCUUGCACAGGCUGCCAACAACAUUGACACGAACGAACUUUGAGACUGCCGCGACAGAAUUAUAUGCAUGCAUUCUCCAGUUUCUGGCUCAAGCCAUCCAGAUAUAUCAGAUUUCCACAUUCAAACGCGUACUUCAAGCGUUUUGGGAAGACAGUGACGUCCGGAACUUUGAAAGCAAGUGUAACGAGCUCGGAAUGAGGGUCGAAAUCGAGGCGAGCAAUUUUGACCGCAGCUUGAGUGCUCAAGACCGAGAGCUUACUGAAAAACUUCAGGAAGAUCUAGGGACCGUACUCCAGAAGCUCAAAUAUUUCCGCCAGAUUCAGGAAUCGCUAAAUCGACUGGAGAUUAAGCUCGACUUGGACAAGCUGCCAUAUGCUAAAGGAGCCAUGUUCAAUUCUUAUGGUGACGAUCACGUUACCUGUCAUCCUGCAACUCGGGUCGAUCUACUACAUCAAAUCCAGGAUUGGGCUCAACAACCAGACAGUAAGAGCAUCUUCUGGCUCAAUGGUGUGGCGGGCACGGGCAAGUCGACCAUAUCUCGGACCAUCGCAGAGUGGCUGGAUAGUCAAGGUCAUCUUAGAGUGGUCGACCUCGGGGCGAGCUUUUUCUUCAAACGAGGCGAAGGCGACCGGGGUUCCGCUUCACGAUUCUUUUCCACUGUUGUCCGUCAACUCGUGUUAAAGAUACCCGGACUGGGUGAUCUUAUCGCCGACGUGAUUACCUCUGAUCCGCUCAUUUUCGACAAGGCGUUGGGUGAACAAUUCGACAAGUUGCUGUAUCAGCCAAUAUACAAAGCGAACGUCACUCCCAAUAAUUGUCCUAUUCUGGUCUUAGUGGUUGAUGCUCUAGACGAGUGUGAGAAAGAGGUUGAUAUUAAAACCAUCCUUGAAUUAUGGUCUCGGAUACGUCGGAUUUCGACUAUUCGUCUAAGGCUCUUUUUAACGAGCCGACCGGAGCUGCCCAUUCGACUAGGAUUCAAGGGCAUGUCUGUCGACGCCUAUCAAGAUAUGUCUCUGGAUGUCCAUCAGGAUAUCGUUCUCUAUGAUGCGGUCCCCCGAACGACAAUUCAACAUGACAUCUCAACCUUUCUGAAAGACGCCUUUUCGAAAUUUCGGAAUGAAUACAAUGCUGACCCGCCUUCGGAGACGCCACUCGAUCGUGACUGGCCAGGUGACAAGGUUCUUGAAGCUUUGGUUAACUUAGCUGUCCCACUGUUUAUCGUUGCCGCCACUGUGUAUCGUUUUGUGAGUGACAGAAAUUAUGAUCCUAAGGAACAACUUGAGACAAUCUUAAAAUUUCCUGGGACGGGUCACUUAGAGCAGAUGGAACAGACGUAUCGACCAGUGCUUACGCAAGUAUCGGCAACAUUCGCCAAAUCAAAUGACAAGGAAAAGCUGUAUCAAGAGUUCCGGAUGGUUGUUGGAUCUAUUGUCACCCUUGCUGAGCCGCUUUCUAGGAAGUCCCUUGCAGCCCUUCUGAACAUAUCUCCAGGUACAUUGAAGCUCCGCCUAAACCCAUUAUAUUCUGUCCUGCGAAUCCCUGAUGAUCUCGAAACACCGAUUCGGACUCUUCAUCUGUCCUUUCGCGAGUUCCUUUUAAGCGACAAACUUCAAGAUGAACCUUUCAGAGUAGACGGCCCGGCCACGCAUCGAAUGCUGGUGACGAAAUGUCUAGAAUUACUAUCAAGGUCUGACGGUCUGCAAGAGAACUUAUGUGGGCUUAAAUAUCCAGGUCAGCCACGACGAGAGGUUAACCGAACUAUAAUCGAUGAACGCCUUCCACCCGCUUUUCAGUAUGCAUGUCGGUACUGGGUAUAUCAUGUUCAACAUAGUAAGAUUUCGAUUCAUGACGAUGAUGAAGUGCAUGUGUUCUUGCAGAAGCACUUCCUACACUGGCUUGAAGCUCUAAGUCUAAUAGGUAGGAUCGCCGAAGUCAUUGGACAUGUGGGCGUCUUGCAAUCACUUAUGUCGGUGUACGAGUCAAUUCAGUUAUCAGCGUUUCUUGAAGACGCGCGACGCGUUAUCCUUGCGAACCGAUAUAUCACCGACCUUGCUCCCCUUCAGAUUCAUUCAUCUGCGAUGAUUUUCGCACCACAGACUAGUCUUGUGAGGAACAUUUGUGGACAGAUCCCAAUAUGGAUACGGAGGUGUCCGAUAACUCCAGUAAUGUGGAGUGCGGAGCUACAGAAGCUAGAGGGACACACUGAGUGGGUGACCGCGGUGGCCUUCUCGCCCGACGGCUCGCUGCUGGCCUCUGCGUCAGUCGAUCAGACCGUCAGGCUGUGGGACGCGAGCACGGGUCAAGAGGUGCGGAAGCUAGAGGGACACACUGAUUUUGUGAGCGCGGUGGCCUUCUCGCCCGACGGCUCACUGCUGGCCUCUGCAUCAGCCGAUCGGACCGUCAGGCUGUGGGACGUGAGCACAGGUCAAGAGGUGCAGAAACUGGAAGGACACACUCAUUCAGUGAGCGCGGUGGCCUUCUCGUCCGACGGCUCACUGCUGACCUCUGCAUCAGCCGAUCGGACCGUCAGGCUGUGGGACGCGAGCACAGGUCAAGAGGUGCGGAAGCUAGAGGGACACACCGAUUUUGUGAGCGCGGUGGCCUUCUCGCCCGACGGCUCACUGCUGGCCUCUGCAUCAGCCGAUCGGACCGUCAGGCUGUGGGACGUAAGCACAGGUCAAGAGGUGCAGAAGCUGGAAGGACACACUCAUUCAGUGAGCGCGGUGGCCUUCUCUACGGGUCAAGAGGUGCGGAAGCUAGAGGGACACACUGAUUUUGUGAACGCGGUGGCCUUCUCGUCCGACGGCUCACUGCUGGCCUCUACAUCAAACGAUCGGACCGUCAGACUAUGGGACGUGAGUAUGGGUCAAGAGGUGCGGAAGCUAGAGGGACACACCGAUUUUGUGAACGCGGUGGCCUUCUUCCCCGACGGCUCACUGCUGGCCUCUACAUCAGACGAUCGGACCGUCAGGCUGUGGGACGUGAGCACGGGUCAAGAGGUGCGGAAGCUAGAGGGACACACUAGUUUUAUAAACGCAGUGGCCUUCUCGUCCGACGGCUCACUGCUGGCCUCUGCAUCAGACGAUCGGACCGUCAGACUAUGGGACGUGAGCACGGGUCAAGAGGUGCGGAAGCUGAAGGGACACACCAGUUUUGUGAACGCGGUGGCCUUCUCGCCCGACGGCUCGCUGCUGGCCUCUGCAUUAGACGAUCAGACCGUCAGGCUGUGGGACGCGAGCACGGGUCAAGAACUCCAUAAAUUUCAGGAUAUAUCGUCUAUCACGACCAUCAAAUUUACAAUCGGCAAUAAGACUUUGCUCACUAAUCGAGGAGCUCUAUCUAUCGACGACCGAUUACUUCCUGAUAAGACUAUCAGGCCUUCAACCGAUGAAACUAUCAUGAUCAAAAAUGAGUGGAUUCAACGAGGUGCAUGCAAUCUCCUCUGGCUUCCCCAGGAGUAUCGCAGUGUUUAUUCAGCGCUCUACGGCAAUACGAUUGCCAUUGGCCUGAAUUCUGGCCAAGUCAGAUUUAUCCAGCUUAAUAUUUAA